AUGUAAACAAAAGAAAUCGUUUGGAAUUCAAUUUGGAGCACAAUUUUUAAUUUUUAGACUUUUUAAAGGAAAUUACCUCAAAAAAAUGGCGAGAAAUGCGGAAAAGGCGAUGACAACGUUGGCUCGUUGGCGUGCCGCAAAAGAAGCAGAAACAGGAAAAAAUGACCGUAGACCGUAUCUUGCGUCGGAAUGUCGCGACGUGAAAAAGUGCGAGAAAUGGCGUCUCGAAAUAAUUCGGGAGAUUUCGAAGAAAGUCGCGCAAAUACAAAAUGCUGGAUUGGGAGAGUUCAGGAUUCGGGAUUUGAAUGAUGAAAUCAAUAAAUUGCUGCGGGAGAAGAGGCAUUGGGAGAAUCAGAUUUCGGAUCUCGGAGGCCCGCAUUACCGUCGCUACGGUCCAAAAAUGUUCGAUGCCGAAGGCAGAGAAGUUCCCGGCAAUCGUGGCUACAAAUAUUUCGGCGCUGCGAAAGACUUACCUGGCGUUCGUGAACUUUUCGAGCAAGAACCUCCGCCGCCGCCGCGAAAAAGUCGCGCUGAGCUCAUGAAAGACAUCGAUGCCGAUUAUUACGGAUAUCGCGACGACGACGACGGAAUUCUGAUACCUUUGGAGCAAAAAGCGGAAAAACAAGCGAUUCAGGAAGCAGUUGCCGAAUGGAAACGCCUUCAAGCGGAAAAAGGAAUCGAAGUUCCUGACGACGAAGAGGACAUUUACGCCGAAUUUAAGGAUAAAACCGAGAGAGAAGCUGAAACGGAAGCAGUUUUGGAUACUUUGGGACCGAAAUUAACAUCGCACGUUCCUGUUCCAACGCAAAAAGAUGUCGAAGCGGCUUUACUGAAGAAACGCAAGAUGGAAUUAUUGGCGAGAUAUGGGAUUGAAGACAUGGACGAGUGAAAAAAAUGACUUUUUAUUUAAAUUAAAAUUAAGAA